CGCAGGGACGGCGCAGUUGAUCGGAAUAUAGGCGGGAAAAGAAGUUAGCUGUGAGAAAGAGAGGUGCAGAGACACAACAGCAAUGGCGGACGAGAAACCCAAGGAAGGUGUGAAGACUGAAAAUAACGAGCACAUUAACCUGAAGGUUGCUGGACAGGACGGCUCGGUGGUGCAGUUUAAAAUCAAGAGGCACACGCCGCUCAGCAAACUGAUGAAGGCCUACUGCGAGCGACAGGGUCUCACGAUGAGGCAGAUCCGCUUCCGGUUUGACGGACAGCCCAUUAACGAGACGGACACACCUGCUCAGUUGGAAAUGGAGGACGAGGACACGAUCGAUGUGUUCCAGCAGCAGACGGGAGGCGUGAUGUAAAGCGGCAGCACAGAGCUCCAUUCCUCCAUCGUCCCUCCAUCAAUCGUUCGUGCUUACGUUUAAAGUCACGGCAAAACCACGGACGCAAACACGGCUGCUCAGAUCCUCACGGACAGUGUUUCAUUUCUCUCCCUCCUUUUUCCUCUUCUCUUCUCCCUCUUUCUUUCCCUCUCUCUCUUUCUCUCUCUCUCUCCUUCUUUAAAACUGUCGUAUGGAACAUUUUUCCUCCUCUCUUCUGAACCAUGUGGACCUGUGAGACCAAGAAACCCUAAGGCCAUGCUGAUCAGGGUGUUGUACUUUUAUUUGUUGUUGUUGUUGUUUGUUUCCAUUAUGAAUGACCGUCACAGCUGAAGUUUUGGUUUUUAAUCACUUUACAGCUUUUUAUAUCUUUUAUAAAUGUACUACUUCUCUUUUUUUUUUUUGUACCCUCGGUUUUAUUCAGUCAAUGUGCAGUGUUGACAAAGUCAAAAAAAUUUUUGUGUUUGAAUAAAACAGUUGUAUAAAGUG